AUGGAAGUACUUGACGACAGGUUCGAAUUCGAUCCAGAAGAGUGUAAUGUUGCAGCAGGGAAAUGGGUUUACAAUAGCUCAGCCAAGCCACUCUACACCGAUGAAUCAUGUCCGUACAUCGACCGUCAAUUCUCUUGUAUGAAAAACGGAAGACCGGAAACUGAUUAUCUUCGGUGGGAAUGGCAGCCUGAUGACUGUACAAUUCCACGAUUUAGUCCCAAGUUAGCAAUGAACAAACUCAGAGGAAAAAGAUUGCUUUUUGUGGGAGAUUCAUUGCAACGAAGCCAAUGGGAAUCGUUCGUGUGUUUGGUGGAAUCAAUAAUACCCGAAGGAGAAAAAUCAAUGGAGCGUCGUAGCAAAAAGUACUUUGUCUUUAAAGCAAAGGAAUACAAUGCGAGUAUAGAGUUCUACUGGGCACCGUUUAUCAUCGAAUCGAACACAGAUUUGCCUGUGAUUUUGGAUAUGAAGAAAAGGAUAGUGAAAGUGGAUUCAGUGGAAGAUCGAGCUAAGUUUUGGGAAGGAGCUGAUAUUUUGGUUUUCAACACUUACGUUUGGUGGAUGAGUGGUCUUAAAAUGAAAGCUUUGUGGGGCUCUUUUGGAAAUGGAGAGAGAGGUGCGGAGUCCCUAGACACACCAGUGGCUUACCGGUUAGGGCUCAAGACAUGGGCUAAUUGGGUUGACUCUACCGUUGACCCUAACAAGACCAGAGUCUUCUUCACCACCAUGUCUCCUACUCAUUCUAGGAGUGCAGAUUGGGGGAAGCCAAACGGCACGAAGUGUUUCAACGAAACAAAGCCUAUAAAAGAUAAAAGGUUUUGGGGAACUGGCUCCAACAAACAGAUGAUGAAAGUUGUAUCAAGCGUCGUGAAGCACAUGACCACGCACGUGACUGUCAUCAACAUCACGCAACUCUCUGAGUACCGCAUCGACGCACACACAUCAGUCUACACCGAGACAGGUGGCAAGAUCUUAACGGCUGAGCAGAGAGCUGAUCCAAUGCGGAACGCUGAUUGUAUACAUUGGUGUCUACCUGGAUUACCCGAUACAUGGAAUCGGAUCCUAUUGGCUCAUUUGUAA